GCCCGCAUGCGCGUGUCCUGUCAUUUAGGCUCCUGCAAUGGCGGCCUCCAUGGGAGCAAGCAGGUUACAUAUGCGGGGAAAUGGGCAAUUGUUGAAAUGUUUUCAAAGGAUACUCACGCCGUCCCAGAGAAGAGCAGGAACAAAUGCUGCUGCUUGUCAGCCACUGACGGACCACCAAGAUGCUGGGAAGUCUUUCCUCGCGCUACAGGAGGAGAGGCGCGAGCGUGCUGAGAGAUCUGUCUUAAUCAGCUGCCCCUCGAAGACUACAGAAAAAAAGGUCCUGAAGUUCUUGUCCAAAUACGGAGCCGUAAACAACUGUUUCUUCUAUGACAGCUAUGGCACAUGCGCUGUGAUCGAGUUUGCCAGCAGGGAUGGCAUUUGCUCUCUCCACGAGGCUGCCAGUCUCCCCAGCAUCCAACACGAAGCCUCGGUACCUUUCAAGACCCGCCUCCUUGCACUAAAGAGCACUGGAGUGGACCAAUCAGAUGGCGCAGCCAGCCUAAAGCUUCACCCCCAGACAUCCCUGCCAGUCAAUGAGUUGAUCCAGCGACUUGCUGCGGAGGAGAGUAUAGACCAGCAGCUACAUUCCCUGACAUCAAUACUAGAGCUGACCAAUGAGAACAUUGCUCUUCGCUUCCUGGUUUGCUCCCUGCUCCAAGACAUUGCUGGCGCAUUCUUCCCAGAAUGUGCUAUCAGGCUGUUCGGUUCGACGGUCAACGGCUUUGGGAAGCUGGGCUGCGACCUCGACCUCUUCCUGGAUCUGGACACCAUCAGUGGCCGGAGCAUGAAGAGGCCCUCUGGUCUGUCCCUGGAAUACCAGAUGAAGAGGGUAGCGUCGGAGCGGACGGUGACCCAGAGCGUGCUGUCCGUGUUGGGGGAGGGCUUGGAGCAGUUCGCCCCUGGCUGUGUGGGGGUGCAGAAGAUCCUGAACGCCCGCUGUCCCUUAGUGCGUUUCUCACACCAGCCUUCGGGCUUCCAGUGCGACCUCACCGCCAACAACAGGGUGGCGAUGAAGAGCUCGGAGCUGCUGUGGCUACUGAGUCGGUUGGACGAGCGUGUCCGCUGCUUGGUGUUCGUGGUGCGCUGCUGGGCCCGCGUCCACGGCCUGACCAGCUCCAUCCCCGGCGCCUGGAUCAGCAACUUCUCCCUCAGCAUGCUGGUGGUGUUCUUCCUGCAGACGCGUUCCACCCCCAUCUUGCCCACCCUCGACCAGCUCCGUGACCUAGCCAGUCCUGCUGAUAAGUGUGUUAUCGAAGGAAAUGACUGCACAAUAGUAAGCGACCUGAGCAAGAUCCAACUGGAGGCGAACACAGAAUCACUGGAGACGUUGCUGCAGGAGUUCUUUGAGUUUUACUCUACGUUUGCCUUCAAUCGCAUGUCCAUCAACAUCAAAAAGGGGAAGCAGCUGCACAAGCCCAAGCGGCAGUGCUACAUCAGGGCUCCCGUUGAGGACUGCGCGUCAACAAACGUCAACGCCACACAGCUGGAGCGUCUGGUGGCGCUGUGCCGCGAGAGCGCCUGGCUGCUGGCGCACGGCGGUGCCAUCGCGAGGCACCGUAGGCAUCGCGCGGGGAAAGCGCCCGGCGCCCGUGCGUGGCAGCCUCCUGGCUCUGGCCCAGUUGGCGGGCGGCGGGGGGGUGGUCGGCGGAAGAAGAAGGCGCGGCGCGGCGGAGAUCAGGCCUGCGGUCGCUCAACAAGCCGGAGACUCCCCGCUCGCGGCGCAGCUGAGCGCGCGGCACUGCGGGACCCCAGCGCCGAGCCUCGCGCAGAUCACAGCCCAGGCAACUCCGUUGCUGCCUGA